AGUAGAAGAAAAAAUGAUCAUCUGCAGAAAAGCGAAGGGGCGAAAAUGGAGGGAAAGAGCGAUAUUACUGCCAUGUGGAUAAAGAAGCACAGUCUACUAUACACCGGAGCCACCAGGCACCCUUUCAUUCUCAACAUUCGUGAUGGCUCUAUUGAUAUAUCUUCAUUCAAAAGAUGGCUGGCACAGGACUACAUUUUUGUAAGAGCAUUUGUUCCUUUUAUUGCGAGUAUAUUGGUGAAAGCUUGGAAGGAGUCAGAUGUUAGUUCUGAUAUAGAUUUGAUUUUGAGUGGCAUGGCUGCUCUAAAUGAUGAGAUUGCGUGGUUCAAGAAAGAAGCUUUGAAGUGGGGCGUUGCUCUGAAUAGUGUUGUACCUCACAAGGCCAACGUUGACUACUGCAGAUUUUUGGAAAGCCUAAUGAACCCUGAUGUUGAGUACACAUUGGCCAUCACAGCUUUUUGGGCCAUUGAGACUGUUUAUCAAGAAAGUUUUGCUCACUGCUUGGAAGAUGGUAGUAAAACUCCAGAGGAACUGAAAGAGACUUGCCAAAGAUGGGGCAACGAGGGUUUUGGUCAGUAUUGUUCUUCACUGCAAAACAUAACAAAUCGGCGUUUGGAGAAGGCAUCAGAUGACAUGUUCUCAAAAGCUGAGGUCAUUCUUAUACGAGUUCUCGAGCAUGAAGUAGAAUUUUGGAAUAUGAGCCGUGGGACAAUCUAGAUAUUUGUUUGUAAUUAAACGUGGUUUUAAGUUGAAGUUUGUGUUGCACCUGUGGUUAGAGAAUUAUAUAUACAUACAUGUUGGAUUUUAUCACACCUUGAAGCUUUUCUUGUUAAAUAAAAACUGCUGUACAUAACUGUGCAGCAUCUAGAUGUAUUAUUU